ACGGCGGCUCGGCGGGGUCAUCCGGGCGCAGGCGCAGUGCGGUGUUUGUCUGGCGGACUUGACGGGCGGCCGGGCGGUGCGCGGCGGGGAAGAUGGCGGCGUCCUCCCUGGAGCAGAAGCUGUCCCGCCUGGAAGCCAAGCUGAAGCAAGAGAACCGCGAGGCCCGGCGGAGGAUCGAUCUCAACCUGGAUAUCAGCCCCCAGCGGCCCAGGCCCAUUAUUAUGAUCAGUCUAAGCCCCGCUCCUGCUCCGUCCCAACGAGCAGCCCUGCAGCUGCCGCUGGCCAACGAUGGGGGCAGCCGCUCGCCGUCCUCCGAGAGCUCCCCGCAGCACCCCACGCCCCCCGCCCGGCCCCGCCACAUGCUCGGCCUCCCGCCCACCCUCUUCACGCCCCGCAGCAUGGAGAGCAUUGAGAUCGACCAGAAGCUGCAGGAGAUCAUGAAGCAGACUGGCUACCUGACCAUCGGGGGCCAGCGUUACCAGGCGGAAAUCAGUGACCUGGAGAACCUGGGCGAGAUGGGCAGCGGCACCUGCGGCCAGGUGUGGAAGAUGCGGUUCCGCAAGACGGGCCACGUCCUUGCCGUCAAGCAAAUGCGGCGCUCGGGCAACAAGGAGGAAAACAAGCGCAUCCUGAUGGAUCUGGACGUGGUGCUCAAAAGCCAUGACUGUCCCUACAUCGUGCAGUGCUUUGGCACCUUCAUCACCAAUACAGACGUGUUCAUCGCCAUGGAGCUCAUGGGCACCUGCGCCGAGAAGCUCAAGAAGCGGAUGCAGGGACCGAUCCCCGAGCGCAUCCUGGGCAAGAUGACGGUGGCGAUCGUGAAGGCGUUGUACUACCUGAAGGAGAAGCACGGGGUCAUCCACCGCGACGUAAAGCCCUCCAACAUCUUGCUGGACGAACGGGGCCAGAUCAAGCUGUGCGACUUCGGCAUCAGCGGCCGCCUGGUCGACUCCAAGGCCAAGACGCGCAGCGCUGGCUGUGCCGCCUACAUGGCCCCCGAGCGCAUCGACCCCCCGGACCCCACCAAACCUGACUACGAUAUCCGGGCGGACGUGUGGAGUCUGGGCAUCUCCUUGGUGGAGCUGGCCACGGGGCAGUUCCCUUACAAGAACUGCAAGACGGACUUCGAGGUCCUCACUAAAGUCUUGCAGGAGGAACCCCCGCUCCUGCCAGGCCACAUGGGUUUCUCGGGGGACUUCCAAUCGUUUGUGAAAGACUGCCUUACUAAAGACCACAGGAAGAGACCAAAGUAUAACAAGCUACUUGAACACAGUUUCAUCAAGCGCUACGAGACCCUGGAGGUGGACGUGGCCUCCUGGUUUAAGGACGUCAUGGCCAAAACCGAGUCGCCCCGGAGCAGCGGCGUGCAGAGCCAACCCCACCUGCCCUUCUUCAGGUAGCCGUGUGGCAGCGGCCAGCCCUCCCCUCUCCCUCACCACCGGCCCACCCCCUCAUCCCCGCCCAGCUGCCUGCCUGGGCAGAUCUGGGGACCCUGGACGGCCGCCGAGGCCGAGGCCGAGGCAGGGCGGAGGACAGCCGGGAGGGGGCGCCCACCUGCCUGCCUGCCUGCCUGCCUGCCUGCCUGCCCACCCACCCGGCCUGGGCUCGGCUGGCUGGCUGGCUGGCCGGCCGCGCGGCCCCAACAGACACUGUGAACGGAAGAGGGCAGGCCGCAAGCGGACUCGCUAUUUAUUCAGUCGGAACCUCCAGGCCGGGGUGGCAAGAGCCUUGCGCCCCGCACCCCCUGUCACAGGGCGAGGCCCCCCCACCCCUGCACAUGCCCCUCCCUGCCCCCCCCACGCCAUCCCUGUGUCCCUGCCUCUGUCCUGGCCCAGGACGCACUGUGGGUGUGAUAGGUUGUGGCCACCCCAGCUGGCUUCUCUUCCCCUCCUCUGCCCCCCCCCCUUCUCUCUCCCUCUCUCUCUCUCUUUGAUCUCAGGGGGUCCUUUUUUGGAGUUUAAUGUAUUUUAUUGUACUGGGUGGGGCGCUUGGGAGAGGAAAGGAGGAGCGCUUGGCAUGGGGUUUGUGAGUCCCUUCCCAAGUUUUACCAAAGUCAGGUUUAGCUGCUUGAGAAGAAGGUUGCGGGCGUGGGGGUGGGGGCUGGCAGCCCAGCUGUGGCUCGUCCUCAGGCCUGGCUCUCUCCCCCCCCCCAGCCCCGGGGUCAAGGCACGGUCACAGCCAAGCCAAAUGGAGCUCAGGGGGGUGGCGCGGGGAGCCCAGGGGUGCUGCAGCCACCCAGGGAGGCCUUCAGGGAAGGUGGGUGCAGGUGCGGCUCUUACGGGGGCAUGGCAGGGCGCUGCCCGGAGUGAGGAGGAAGAGCCCGUAGGGAGUCAGGAAUGGAGGGCCAACGGAGUGGAUGUGGGGGUUCGCGGAAGUGUGACAGGUGUGCGCCCACGCCCCUCGGCCUACCCCCCCCCCAGGGCCGGUCCCUGGGAGUCCGCUGGCCGUGACCGUGGCGGUGGCGGCCACAGUGGCGAUGGCCAGAGCAGGACAGGACCCGGGAAGUGUGCGUCCUCUUGGUUGGCAAUGGCCACAGACCAGGUGGGCUGGAGAAGCAACCAGAACCACAGACAGAAAAAUCCCAACUGCACCAAAGCGAGGCGCCUCGCCAGGGCUGGCGGGGGGCCAGGAGGCCUCCCGGGGGGGCCCACGGCAGCCACUCCCCUCCCCCCCCCGUGACAUGCUGCAUGUGUCCCCCGGAGUAGCCGUCACACCGCCCUCCCUUCCCCACUCGGCUCCUCGUGGCGGGGGCCCCCCCGGAGUCCCAGUGCUGCCCACCCUUGGGCCUGGGCUGGACCUCCCGGUUUGACUUUUAUUUAAACUUUGACUCUCCGUUUGUGUGUGUGUGUGUGUGUCCACCCUUCCCUGACCCUUCUCCUCCCUUCAGUGUCGGGCGGGGAGCCCAGGGGUGACGCUCUCCCACCUUCCCGCCUGUCCGUUGCUCUCACCAGCCACCGCUCUGGACGAGGCCCAGGGUGGACGGGGUGGGCCGGGGUAGGGUGGUGGUGCUGGGGCUUGCACGGCCCCGGCCCACCCCGGCUUCACGGACGCCCCCCCCGUCCCCCCCUCAGGCUGCCAGUGUUGUCCGUCCCUUUUUCAAAAAUGAGACGUCCUUGUUUGUUAACUCUGUAGACGCUUCAGAAUAAAACCCCUCGUUUUUCCUCCA